CUGAUCUUGGCUGGAGACCUGAGUGAGUGUGAAGCACUUUGUUGGGCUGUAGCACUUGUGAAGAUCACCUGAAGGCCAGAAGAUAAAAGGACCAAUGAUGGAGUGCGUGGAAGAAUGGGUGAUGGAAAACAAGGAGAAGAUCGAGUUGGAAUUGGAAAUCAUGGGGAAAGGAUAUGACUUUUUUGCCACUACAGCUGGAAAACUGAACCCCGUCCUGGAGGCUGUUUUAAUUUUUUCCAAAGAGAUUCUCAGCAACCCAGAGAGCAAAGAUGUGAAGUAUUUGACCGAGCUGUUUGAGAAGGUCAACCAGAAAUUAGAAGCUGUUAAGAAUGAGAUUAACAGCAUCUACCGAGAGAUGGAAAAAUCCUCAAUUAACAAAAAAUAUUUUGAGGCGGAGGCGCGUAUUCUCAGCCAGUACGAGAUAUACCUGGAAUUUGUGAACGCUAGCACCAAGUUCAAGGAGAGCAGCAAAAGGACAUUCAUAAGACACUUUCAGGCCACGAAAGGGGACCUGAGCCUCCUCACUCUGUACAACAUGGUGAUCGGGGACAACCCAUCUGGGGAGUCAGUGCUGGAGACCGUCCUGGUCACAGAGGAGAGGAGCCGCAAAGCAGUGGAGGAGUUCUGCGCCCAGCUGAAGAAGCUCUUCUUCAUGGGCCUCAUCGCUGUGAUUGGUCAUGCCUCCCUGGAGGACCAGGCAGCAGGCAAACUGCUCCUGAAGGAGUGGGGUGAGAAGAUGGAGGAGGUGGAGAGGCGCAUGAAGGCGGCCGUGGACGACUGCACCAACAACUUCGUUGCCCAGGCCAGAACGGACAUGGAGAACCAGCUGCAGGAGAAAUAGACUAAACUCAUCCAGGAGUUUAUCAACCACUCCUGGACUUCUUGGGGAAGAAGUGCAACUGGGUGUCCUGGUCGGUCAGAGCAUACAGGAUCUCUGGAAUGUGGUUCUGGAACUGGUUAGCAGGCAAAAAUUAUGAGGGAAAAGCAGGGCAAAACAUUUUUGACGUCUCAACUACAAACAACAUCAGCCUCGUGGUGUCGCACAUUCUGAAUAGUCCUGUCCCCUGGGGUCUGUACUAAUAAGGCUUCUGUAGAGCUUGAAUGGUAGUCUAGCGUCUGACAAUAUUCGUCAAUGAAAACUGAAGCAGACUUAGGCUGGAGAUACUGUAGGUUAUUCUAGGGUGUAACUGUGCAUGUAAGUUCCAGUUCUUGUGUUCCUAAGUUAAGCUUCUGCUUUCUACCUUUGCUUAUUUAAUAUACCUUCAACAGGCAAUUUUACCUUUUAAUUGGGCAGUUUUUUUGUGUUUUAACCGACUUGUCUAUCAUCAUACACUGCUGUGCAAACAUGACAGACACAAUCAGGAGUCACACUUUGCUUAAACUUUGGUCAUACCCUCAGUGUAUAUAUACAUAUCAGGUCAUAAAUAAAUUUCAAGUUCAGUCAAGUGUAACAAAGUUAUUUUUAGCAAAAUCAAUGCAAGAGUACAUAAAGUAUUUUGCAUAUGUACAGGGUCAACCUUAAAUGGGAGUCUUGGUGACGCUGUAUCCUGAUGAGUUUUAUGACAAUCCGUAGUUGUGAGUCAGCCUCUCAAGCCAUGUUUCUGACUUCACAUAUGGACAAAGCCUGUUUACCUUACAUUUUUACAUCUUGGAACGUCUUGAUGAUGUAAACCGCAGGUCAAAACUGGGAUGUCCAACGGAUUUCAUGUAAAGCACUGGAGUUGUUUAGGUCAAUAAGAUCUUAAUUGUAGAAAGGGAAAAAGGCGUGGGGAUCCUAAUGGAACAGUCAGGUCUCAGGCAGAACGGAGGCAGAAACUCAACCCUAAGGAAAAAGGAAGAAUGCAGCCGUUCUUCGUAGACACAAUAUGUCUUGUGGACAUUUGGCAUGGGAGUGGUAUUGGUAGAUGAUAAUGUGGAAACCCUGCAGGAGUCUGUGAAGCCAGUGUGCAAAGCCAAGGCAGGGAGAGAGAGGCUUCUGCAAGUGCAGUUGGAGGUGGACAAAGGGGAAGAACAGACGAGAUAUAAGAUGUACAGAUCAAUUGUGUAUUGACUGCACCCCCUCAAAAACACAGCUAGCCCUGCUCGCCAUGGUGUCCUUAUCUCCCAUAACUACUGCAAUAUCAAGAAGAGCCGUCAGCUCGUAAUCAUUUCAACAGCAGAUUUGAAAAAUAGGCACUUAUUCGUUCUGUUUGUCCGUUUGGUCAAAUUCCGACUUACUGUAUAACCCAAAACAAUCGCCAGUGAUAGCUGUGGUUAGUACAGUUUCAAAACUGAAACAGACAAAACCAAAACAAAAAGCUUCAAAUUAAAAAUGUAUGCUGAGCAUAAAGAAUUGUAAAGCCUAACUUUCUAGGCGAAUGAAAGUGUUGCCACUUUUGCAAAUCUUAAGGUUCUUCAAUUAAUUCCAAUCCAAAGUGAAAAAGGUCUUAAAAAGCUUUAGUGCCCAGCAAGCUUUACAAAUCUUGAGCAUCCCACCUAAAAUCCAAAAAAUACAGUAAUUAAUUCAAUAUCCAAAACUGGGUUCCAUGCAGGCUGUAAUCAUGUUUGUUAUUUCUGAUUUGCACAAUGUAAAAUUUUGUAAUGACAAGGAAAGACUGAAUUCUGAUUUUUAUUGUUCUGUCUUCUAAGAAACAGGUUAACGUGUCACAUGUGAUUCUGAAUAUUUUCUGUAUCAGCCUGCUGUUGUUUUUACUCUUGAUGGUUUUUAAUUUGAAAAGAACCAUACAGUACGUACACUAAAUGAGCUGUUAGUGUUGUUUGUAUCCCUGAAGCCCUGUGCUCUCCUGUGUCCAGCCAAGCUCAGCCUGGAUGACUGGAACCUGCCAAUAGUGCUUCUUCCUUAUGUAAAAUUACUCAUGUAACAUUCUGCUUUAAGCUUCAGAAUAGUCUCUGUCCUAUACCAGCUCUGGAACACUACAUAAGAAAUGUAUUGAAGAACUUGCAUGUUAUUUUUUUAAAUCAUGUUGGUCACUGGGUUCUGUAUCCCUCUAUAAUCAGUUAUCAUACUCAGUGAUAUGCGUGUCAUGCAGGUAUAUGUUGUAACCAGAUAUUGUGCUUGUCUUUUGGUUCCAACUAGAAUGAACUUUCAAAAAUAGCAGCUGCCUUGAAAGCACUUAUUCACAGAAUUCACAGAACCACUGAUGUAUGAUUAAGUUAUUUUCUUCCAAUACUGUUUCAAUUUGCUUUUCCUUUUUUUAAUUCAUUAUGUCUGACUGCAGCCAUGAGACAAUAUUAUCAAUAAAAAAUAGG